AGAUUCGGGCCUUUGAAAAAAGACCACAGACGAUUUGGGCCUUUCCGCUCGGCCAUUCGAAAAAAGAGCUUAGACGUAUAUUGGGCUUGACAUUCCGGCCUACGGCCCGUAAGCUCCAACUCAAGCCGAGCACCCACCAGGCCACCACCAAUCCACCAGCUUGUCUCCCUACACAAGUGUGAAGCGUCUCGAACUCUAGUGAAUUCGUGAUCCAUCCCCAAAUCCGAGCUCUCGAGAAAAUUCCUCUCCUCCCCCCACUCUCCCGAGAGACAAUCCGCCUAGAGCCCCAAACCCCUUCAAAAUCCCCAACCACCUCGAACCGAACCAGCUAAUCGAAGCGAGAUCGAUCAAGAGUGGACGAUAGGAAGCGGGAUCCGGCAGGAUGUUCUUCUUCUUCGUGGGCGGCGUGGAGCAGGGCGCCGGCCGGGCGCUCAAGGAGGCGGCGGGGCGGUGCCUGCGGUGCGGCGGCACGGCGGACCUGGUGGAGACGGAGAAGGUGCUCAAGCUCUUCUUCGUCCCCGUCUGGCGGUGGCCCGGGAAGGACCCCGCCUACCUCUGCCGCGAGUGCGGCCUCCUCGCGCCGGGUUCCCUCGGCGCCGAGCCGGGCCCGUCGCUGCUGCCCCGGGAGGCCCGGUGCGGCGCGUGCAGCCGCGCCGUCGACCCGCAGUUCCGGUUCUGCCCCUUCUGCGGCUCCGCGCUCUGAAACGUUUCCGCCCGCGGGCGCCUGGAGAGCAGAGGUGGAGGUGACUGACGCUUGCAAGUUGCAACUCGCCAUAUGUUUGUACUGAUCAUUUUGUUUGUGUGGAAAGUAUGCAUGUAAUAAAUCACAAGUUUGCCAACGAAAUAAAGGAAAGCAUCCCAUCAUGUUUGUAGUUUA